GUUCUUUUGAGGUGGUUCUUUCAUAGACCGAGGUAUCAGUGGAGAUUGAUCAGAAUAGGAGUAGAUCCCGCUGAUGAUACCUGACGCGUGUUGACGAAAAUGAAACGCAAAAGAUGUUGUGAGAAGCCAAGAUGAGUCUUAGAUUUUACGCAUCGUAGUCUCAAAAAAACAUGAUUCUAGGAGUCUCCAGCUCUCUGAUGCUAGUGCCAGUUCCGGCCAUUUUCGCUUCGCGGCUUUAUCGGUUUAGACCCAAAAUCUGCAAUUUCAUUUCUUGUGUGGUCGUACAACUAGCACUAGGCGGUGGGCCCAAGGCAGUGGUGGCUGGACCAGCGUCUCCGGUGAAGAAGAUGUUUAUGGAUUGGUUGGAUAGUGUAUGUCUUUGGGAAUUCCAUUUUAUGCAUAACUCGUGACUCUGGACAACAGAAACGAAGGAAAUCAUUAUUGUCCGAACCACAGUAACCAUGUAUUAUAUAUAACCAUGCUUGAUUGUAUGAUAUAACCAUGUUUGAUUCUAUUUAAUACCUAAGCAUACAACUAACUUCCACAGCGAGGGUUCUAAUCCCUCCAUAGUUGACUCCCACUUGCACAUCUGGUCAGACGAAGGGCCGUACCAGAAUGGCCCGCCUCCAGAGGUGGCUCAGAAAAUCGGCACAGCUGCACAGUUCAAGGCACACGCAGCUGCAGCAGGUGUUAGUGCCGCGUUGCUUGUUCAACCGGCUCCUUACGUUAAGGCUUGUUUCACGAAUCUUCCUCCUUCAGAUAGUACACCUUGAUCUUGAAGCUGUCCCAUAAGGAAAGGAUAAAGAAGCACCAAGAUGCGGCUCAGGAUGGAUUCUAGUGGUGAGCUCUAAUUACGGCAGCGAUCACACUUAUAUGGAGCAAUAUGCUAGCACAUUGGGUGGAAAGAAUGGAGGCGAUGCGUCGGGUGGAAAGAAUGCUAGCAAUGGCGCAGAGCAAGAUGUUCCAGGAGCAACAAGCGUGAAUCUGUUCGGUAUGUACCUAGCAACGGGUCUAAAGCCUGCUGAGGGAGUUGAAAGUACGGAAGAGGAGGUUUCGACUAUGCGAGAGAUGCGUUCGCGUGGAUAUAGAGGGGUUCGCUUCAAUCCCUUCUUGUUUCCAAAUGGAAACUUGGAAAGCGGAAUUGCGUUGAAGCUUUUUCAAGAUUAUGACUUUGGUUUAUCAUGGUUCUUGUGGCGAGUAGUUUGUGGUUUAUCAUGGUCGUGGAGGCGGAAGCUGGUGUACUAGAUUUGUCGUACUAGUACUAGGCAUACUCACUUUUGAAAGAACUACUCUAAUACCCAGCUGGUACCCAAGGACUUGCUGUCGGAGUGAUGGCAUUUACCGGUUUAAAACCACAUGUUCCCGCAUUGCGUACGCUGCUGAAAGCUGCACCAGAUACAACGUUGAUCAUAGACCACUUUGGGUUUUUCCGACAGCCAGCUACUGGGGGAGUUGCUGAUGAUGUCACUGUCGACAGCAAUGCAGCUGGUGCUAGUACGGGAGAAAAACCGAAGUGGAUGACUGAUUUGGCCACCAAAUUGUUAUCUCAGACGAACUCCCAAAAUCCGAAUCCUGCGAUUGCAGAAGCAGUCUCGAAGGAAUUGAUGACCGCUCUAUCUCCAAAGAACGAUGAAGAGGCGUUUGAACUGCUGUUGCAAUUGGGACGUGACUUCCCGGAACAAGUUUUCGUGAAAUUGUCGGCGUUUUUUCGGGUUUCGAAUUAUGAGAUGGACUUGCUUUCACUCGCUGAUGUAUCGUUGCAAUUUAAUUCGAGUAUGUUUUCAUCCACUUCGAAGUUGUUAACAAGCAAAUUUCACUGACUUAGUGCAUAACAUUGAACGAAAACGAAUGAUCAUGUACUAAGUAAAAAAGUGAGAUAUUACUCCUUACCCGCUUCUAAUCUCCACUGCCCUUCCCGCAUUACGACGUGAGACCACGCGUCCUGUCGUUGCUCUCCGUGUUGGGAGCGAAACGUCUGAUGUGGGGUUCGGAUUUUCCGUUUAUUUUGCCAGGCGGCCACUCUCAAACACACGCUGCAGUCGACUACGAACGCGCAGUGGGGAUUUUUAGCGAGUGGAACAAUGUGAUCGAUGUCCCGACUUCUGGAGAGCAGCAAGAACUACCACCUCUUCUAGCAUUGAAGAUAUCAGCAGAAGACAUCCAGUCGAUGAUGGGUGAUUCUGCGCGGACACUUUUGAAGAUGCCAGGAGGAAACACGUUUUCGGGAAAGAAGGAUGAUUUGUAGAGUUACUGAGACCUUUUCGCUACAACCAUUACCAUUUUAGAUUUUUUCAAUAAGUGGUUCAUCGUUAUGGAUUGUGAUGUCGCUCUCGUUUGGAAGAAGAAAUUAUUGGUUUCCAAGAAGACGAGUAUGGUCGCAUUUUUACUACCCUUGAAAGACCGUUAUACGCCGAACGCUUUCUUUCGUACUUUUGUGAUUUGUGAUGUUAUGAUUGCUAUCGUGAAUCUCGUACUGUUGAAGAGAGAGAGAGAGUUGUGAGCUAUACGACAUUUCUCGC